CUUCCGAUCUUCUCUUCAACUUUCUUUCAACUCUCUCUCUCUCUCUCUCCCUCCCUCUCCUCGCUUGACCUUAGGAAAUUUUCGUGUUCUGAAUUUUCUUUGGGAGAGCGUUUCAGUGUGGAAUCGGAAUGGGGCAAUCGGACGGUGGCGGAGAAGGGAUCAGGAAGAGAUCCUGUUGUGCGAAGGAUGAUUUUCUUCCGGAGGAGUCGUUUCAGAGUUGGGGAAAUUACGCAAAAGCGCUCAAGGAGACGCCGGCCCGGUUCAUGGGCCGGCUCACGGCCCGGUCCGCGGAACACACAGAGAUCGUGGAGUUGGCGGCUCGGAGCCAGCACGAGAUGAAGAAAACGCUCAACUGGUGGGACCUUAUGUGGUUCGGCGUCGGCGCCGUCAUCGGUGCCGGAAUAUUCGUCCUCACCGGACUCGAGACUAAGAGACACGCCGGCCCCGCCGUCGUUUUGUCUUACGUCGUCUCCGGCGUCUCCGCCAUGCUUUCCGUCUUCUGCUACACCGAGUUCGCCAUCGAGAUUCCGUCCGCUGGUGGAUCAUUUGCGUACCUAAGGGUGGAGCUGGGAGACUUCGUUGCUUUCAUCGCCGCCGGCAACAUCCUACUGGAAUACAUAGUGAGCGGCGCCGCGGUGGCCCGCUCUUGGACGUCAUACUUCGCGACCCUCUGCAACCGCCACCCAAACGAUUUCCGCAUCCACGCCCCGGCCCUGGCCGACGACUACAACCAGCUGGACCCCAUCUCCGUGGGCGUGAUCAUCGUGAUCUGCAUCAUGGCCGUGGCCAGCACCAAGGGCUCCUCCCGCUUCAACUACAUCGCCUCCAUCAUCCACGUCGCCAUCAUCCUCUUCAUCGUCAUCGCCGGCCUCACCAAAGCCAACCCCAAGAACUUUACCCCCUUCGCCCCUUACGGCAUCCGCGGCAUCUUCGUCUCCUCCGCCGUCCUCUUCUUCGCCUACGUCGGGUUCGACGCCAUCUCGACGAUGGCCGAGGAAACCAAGAACCCGGCCAGAGAUAUCCCCAUUGGGCUGGUUGGGUCCAUGGUGAUCACCACGUUCGCGUACUGUAUUCUGGCAGUUACGCUUUGCCUGAUGCAGCCGUAUGGGGAGAUCGACGAGGAUGCGCCGUUUUCUGUUGCGUUUGAGGCCGUGGGAUGGGGGUGGGCCAAGUACAUCGUGGCUGCGGGUGCUCUCAAAGGCAUGACCACUGUGUUGUUGGUCACCGCCGUGGGACAGGCGCGGUAUCUCACCCACAUUGCCCGCACCCACAUGAUCUCCCCAUGGUUCGCCAAAGUCCACCAAAAGACCGGUACUCCGGUGAACGCGACGGUGGCAAUGUUGGUGGCAACGGCGGUCAUCUCGUUCUUCACGGAGCUGGGCAUUCUGGCGAACCUCCUCUCCAUCUCGACGCUGUUCAUCUUCAUGCUGGUGGCCAUCGCCCUCAUCGUCCGCCGCUACUACGUCACCGGAGAAACGACGCCGUCCAACCGAAACAAGCUCCUCAUCUACCUGGUCCUGAUAAUGGGAUCCUCAACCGCAAUCGCCCUCUACUGGGCCGCCUCCGACGGCUGGAUCGGCUACGCCGUAGCAGUCCCGAUCUGGUUCCUCUCCACGCUGGCCCUGUGGCUGGGCGUCCCCCAGGCAAGAAACCCCAAGGUCUGGGGAGUCCCGCUCAUGCCCUGGCUGCCCUCCAUCUCCAUCGCCAUCAACUUCUUCCUCCUUGGAUCCAUCGACAGGGCCUCGUUCCAGAGGUUCGGGAUCUGGUCCGGACUUCUCUUGAUUUACUAUUUCCUCUUUGGCCUCCACGCUUCCUACGACACUGCCAUGGCCUCCACUUCCACGACUGGGAAUAAUAACAGUAACAGUGUGUGAAUUUACUGUGGAUACUAAUGGUAAUGGUGGGGGAAGAUUAGAUUUAUUGGAAUUGGUUUUGGAGGUUGAUUGAUGAUGAUGAUCAUGAGCUUGGAAGGCCGUCUCUGAUUAUUAUUUGAGGGAACGGAUUUGGAUGAUCGAUUUGGUUGAAUAUGAUCCGUUGACGGUGGGUGGAAGGAAGGCUGUGAAUUCGUUGUUAUUUGAUUAUCUAUGUGGUGAUUUUGUUGGAUUAGGGGAUUUUAUGAUUUGUUUGUUAGUACUUAGUUACAGCUACACAGUCGAUUUGUUAA